GCGUGCGUGAGCAGCAGAGGCGGACUCAGGCGGAGGUACGGCGCAGAGGCUGAGGAGCUAUUCGUGGAGGCAGAGGAUAUUUUUUAUCUAACAUAACCUUAACACAAUCUACACGUGGAGGCGAGAGAAAGAAAGACGUUUAUGAAGCUAAGUAUUUGAACAGAUCAACAGGGCAGCAUAUUCGGUAGCUUUUCUGUGGCAUUUUUUUAAUUUACAUAACACCUUAUCCCCGGUGUGUGCGUCGGCAAAUCUGCUACAGUAUAGGUCUGAGAGGAAGCGACCUUUACAAAACAUCUGAUAGAUCUCUCAAUUGUUCAUACUAGGCCUCUCAUUCGAGUAUACGACCAAUAUACAGUUGACCGUAUGUAUCUUGAUAGAUGCAUUUUUACUAUUCAGAUAAACAAGUUAUACAACAAAAUGGCCUAUUGCUUUUUCCUGUGAGCGGUCCUAAAGCCCGCCGUGUUCACAGCUGCAGCGCCGCCGUGGGUCCCGCGCUGUCUCACACACAAAUGCUUCGCUCGCCAAAGGCUUUCAAAUUCUUCGACAUUAUGGAAAAGAUACUGUUAGAGCAAGGUUAAUUACAAAUACUCCUGUCAGUUAGGGUGUUUAGACGUAAGUGUUUUUUUUUUUAACUCCAAAUCUUCAAGUUGCCUUGUGCUGAAUAUCGCCUGCAAGAAACCCUGAAGCCAGAAAAACCAACGGAGUGACCAAAAACAGACUUCUGACAUAAUUCUUAAAGAAAACGGAUUUAUCCAACUAAGUAAUGGUCAUUAAUACGGUCCAUUGGUUCAGGAAGGGACUGCGGCUCCACGACAAUCCGUCGCUCAAGGAUUCUCUGUUGGGAGCGGACACUGUGCGCUGCGUCUACAUCCUUGACCCCUGGUUCGCCGGCUCCUCUAACGUGGGGAUCAACAGGUGGAGGUUCUUACUGCAGAGUCUUGAGGAUUUGGAUUCCAGCCUUCGUAAAUUAAACUCUCGUCUGUUUGUGAUUCGAGGCCAGCCCACUGAUGUCUUUCCCAGACUUUUUAAAGAAUGGAAGAUUUCUCGUCUGUCCUACGAGUAUGAUUCUGAGCCAUUUGGAAAAGAGCGAGAUGCAGCUAUUAAAAAGCUGGCCACUGAGGCUGGAGUGGAGGUGACAGUGUGCGUCUCUCAUACACUCUAUGAUCUGGACAAGAUUAUAGAGCUAAAUGGAGGUCAGUCGCCCCUCACAUACAAACGUUUCCAGACCCUCAUCAGUCAUAUGGACGCAGUCGAAGUCCCUGUAGAAACCAUAACAGCUGAGGUCAUGAGCAAAUGCACUACACCACUCUCUGAAGACCAUGAUGAUAAGUUUGGUGUUCCGUCUCUGGAAGAGCUUGGUUUCGAUAUUGAGGGGUUGUCUUCAGCUGUGUGGCCAGGAGGUGAGUCUGAGGCCCUCACCCGGCUUGAGAGGCAUUUGGAGAGAAAGGCAUGGGUCGCCAAUUUUGAACGACCUAGAAUGAAUGCUAACUCACUCCUUGCCAGCCCAACAGGCCUCAGUCCCUACCUACGUUUUGGAUGCCUCUCCUGCCGACUUUUCUACUUUAAACUCACUGAUCUUUACAGAAAGGUAAAGAAGAACAGCUCGCCUCCUCUUUCACUCUAUGGCCAGCUGCUUUGGCGAGAGUUCUUUUAUACAGCAGCCACCAACAACCCCUGCUUUGAUAAAAUGGAGAGCAACCCCAUUUGUGUUCAGAUUCCUUGGGAUCGCAACCCAGAAGCACUGGCCAAGUGGGCGGAGGGCCGAAGUGGAUUCCCCUGGAUUGAUGCCAUCAUGACCCAGCUCAGACAGGAGGGAUGGAUCCACCACCUGGCCAGACAUGCGGUGGCCUGCUUUCUGACCAGAGGAGACCUGUGGAUCAGCUGGGAGGAAGGCAUGAAAGUGUUUGAGGAGCUAUUGCUGGAUGCUGACUGGAGUGUGAAUGCAGGCAGCUGGAUGUGGCUCUCCUGUAGCUCCUUCUUUCAGCAGUUCUUCCACUGCUACUGUCCUGUGGGGUUUGGUCGACGCACAGAUCCAAACGGAGAUUACAUAAGACGCUAUCUGCCGAUUCUCAGAGGAUUUCCUGCCAAGUAUAUUUAUGAUCCUUGGAAUGCACCAGAGACUGUUCAAAAGGCCGCCAAAUGUAUCAUUGGAGUGCAUUAUCCCAAGCCCAUGGUUCAUCACGCUGAGGCCAGCCGUCUCAAUAUUGAGCGAAUGAAACAGAUCUAUCAACAGCUGUCCUGUUACAGGGGCCUCGGUUUGUUGGCAACUGUUCCAUCAAAUUCCAAUACCACAAGUAAUGGAACCACCAAUGAAAAUGACAACAGCAAUGGAAAAAGGAAUGCAGAGGGAUCCCUGGAUGUGUGUUAUGGUGAGGCUACACCUGCUUCUGCAGCUUCAAGUGGGUAUCAAAUGUCAGUUCACCACCAGGGGGACUGGCAAAGUGGUGCAAGGAUGUAUCUACAAAGUGACGCUCAAACCAGCAACUCUACAACUCUGCAGGGGUAUGCAAGUGUAGGGCCCGGUAUGGUGUGUUACAGUCAAAGCUCAAAGGAUGCUCUUGCCCCUGUUGUUCAAAAAGGGCCUGAACACCGCUCUCAAAUAAGUGGAAAAAGACCAAAUGAAGAUACUGGAAACACUAAAGCCUCAAAAGUCCAGAGGCACUAGGUGUUCACUACCCAUUGGGUCCAACCUCGUGAAGCACAGCUGUGUGAAAAUAUCCUCGACAGAAAACUGGUCAAUUGUUUUCUACUUUUUAAUGUAAAGACUGUAUAUUCUGAUAUGGAUUUUAUCCAAACAAGACUGAAGAGGCUGCCACUCCAGGCUUACUCUUUGGUUGAUCAUUUUCAACUCAAAAUGUGUAUAUAUUGAAUUUGCUAAUUUUCGGCUCACAUACAACGUGUAUAUAUUUGGAUAUUGUAUGUGUGUUUUCUUUUUGUGUAGCAUAGACCUAUUAUAUUUUUGAUAUGACAGUUGGUGAGUUUUUGUUCCCUAAAGUUUUCCAUCGAUGAACAACUUAUAAACAGUCCUUUAUUUACAACAACACCCGUUUCCCUAACAAUGCGACUCAUGAUGCAGCUGUACAGAAUAUCCACUCCACAUCAGUUGCCCCUGUGAUUUCUCCAGUGUAUCUAACAGAAGUGUUGUCUCUAUAUCUGAGUGCUUGUCAAAUGGUUUAAAUCCCUCUACACUCAUUACUAUAUAUCUUUAUGACUUCACAGUUAACUAAAUCAGUCUUGUCAAUAGUCAUCCAGUCACACAAGAACAUUAUCAUGUUUCCUCCAUAAAAAAUGUUAAAACAAGUUUCAAUAAAUAUUAUUGAUAUUGA